UUCUUGUAUGCAUCAUGGUCAGACAGUCACGUUGACAUAGUUGACCAUGACGUCAGGCUCGGCCUUGGUGCCUGGCCCGUGUAUAAAACUGGUGCUGCGGUCUGUUUUCUUUCCUCCAUGGUCUAAGUAUGGCAAAGUUUGCUGCUCUGUCCGUUGCCGCGGCGAGGAUAUGAUGCGAAGCCCCAUGAUUGAUUGCCAUGUCUGGUCUGAGACGUUCCCCGAGACUGAAGACCAAGGCAACACACCCAUCUGACUCUGAAUCGGGCAUCGCUUUCCUGCCCGACGAAAGCCUCAUUUCCAUCUUCUCCAUUCUGCCAGUCAAGAGCAGGUGUCGAGCUGCAAGGGUUUGCAGAAGAUGGCAUGCUCUUAUAAAGGACAAGUCACUCUGGAAGAAUGUGAGCAUCAUAGGGACCAUCAAACACCGAAGUCUCGCCAAGGUGCUCCUGUUUGUGCAGACCUACCUGAUGGAUAAUCUGGAGACGCUGGUCCUUCAUCAUGUGAGCAACAAGAUUCUGCAGCACCUCUCCCAGAACUGCCCCAAGCUGAGGGCGCUCUCUCUCAAGGGCAAGGACCUCAAGACCACCGAUCUGGCCCACCUGCCCCCCCAGCUGUUAGAGCUGCGUCUGAUCUCCUACCAAUUUGCCACCAACUGGUACUGCUCCUUGACGCAGGGCCUGCUCUACCAGAUCGAGACGCUGGAGGUGUUCUGCCCCCACAUCACCAACAACACCCUGGGCCACCUGGCCACCCUGCGGACCCUCAAGUCGCUGCAGCUGGUGUCAUGCCGCAGCAGCGUGGUGGACGAGAGUGAGGGCACCUACACGGAGCGGGGCUUCGCUUGCCUGGUGCAGCAGCUGACGGAGCUGCGGGUGCUGCGCUUCCAGCAGUGCACGCAGCUCAGCGACACGGCCUUCUACCGGAUCGGCAGCAGCCUGGUCAAACUGGAGGAGUUGACGCUGCACUCCUGCUGCAACAUCACCGAUGUCGGGCUUAAGCACCUGAAGAACCUCAAGUCGCUCAAGAUCCUCGAUCUAGGCGGCGGGAGCCCCGUGUCUCCUGAGGCACUGAUGGAGGUCGUCCAUUCCCUCAAGGGCCUCAAAGAGCUUUGGAUUUUUGACACCGAUAACAUCCGGCAGCAACAUAUUGAUGAAAUCAAGUCAAGUGAGCCAGGACUUGCCGUCUAUGUCAAAGACAGGUGGGACUCCUUGCAGUUCUAAAUUCGUCACAGAACUAGCCAAAAAAAAAAGAGGGCGUAACUAACAGUGGGAUUCCCUUGCUUUUUACACUGGUUUUAAAUUGUGCCAGUGAGCUUACUAAGGAAAAACAGAUCUGUAUGAAAACUGGUAAAUAUUGGAGGUAUGACGGAAUGUUGUUACCAUAGUUACAGUAUUUUAAAUGUACUUGCUACGUAUUCCUUAUGCCGCAUUUUCCAUAUGUGUAAAUGUCAUACUUGGUAGGUCUAAGUUGAUAAAAGAACAACUCCAAGGAAAACACGUUUUCUCUGAUUUUAUCUGUUCAAAUAAAUAUGGAAGAAUCUAAA